AUGUCGCAGGCCAUCACCGCGGCGAUUAAUGGGGACGUGCUCGAGGUCCACCCGGGCGUCUACACGUUCGCAAACGACACCAUCCAGUCCGACAUGGUUUCCCUCACCAUCAGGGGCGCGGGACCGCCGGAGGCUAUCGUCUUCUCGGCGGUGCAGCCGCUGCAGCUGCUCGUCGAGAAUGUGCUGCUGCAAAACGUCACCUUCAUGGGCGGAGUCGAGGUUCGAAAGAACGCCACGCUGGACAACGUCGUCGUCAACUCGACCGCCCACGAUGACCGAGUCGGGAUCCAUGUCAUCGCGACAACGUUAACCACCCAAAGCACAGUCACGGUGUUCUCGGGCACCGCAGGUGACUCACAACUGACCGGCAACGCCAUGCAACUCGGCCUGGGCGGCCACGUCGUGGCCAAUGGCCCCCUGGUGCUGCAUACACAGGGAUCCAAUCACCACAUUCUCUUCGCUGCAAGAAACCGGGUGCCCUAA